AUGCAGUGGAUUGAUAAUCAUAAAUUACGUCAGAUAUCAGCCCGUAUCAAUACUCUAGAUUUGGCUGAUCUACGUCUAGAUUGUAGACUUGAACUAUUUGCUACUAAUAGUGAAGUGAAUCAAUACUUUGGUACAUCAUUAGACCUAGCACAACCAGGAUUAGUAGCUGAGCUAUGGAGUGCAGUACAGAGUUGUCUUAGCUUUAUAGAUACAGAUGUCUAUGAAUUGGUCGACGACUUGAGCCUUCUUACAGCUGCUGAUGAUGAUUCUGGAUCGCAUCUAUGGCAAUUUCAUUACUUUUUUAAUGAUAAUAAACAUAAACGAUUAUUACUAUUUGCCGUAAAGGCUACAUCAAGAUAUGUUCAUGGACAUACGACUGGUUCGGAGGCUGAUGAUGAAGAUGAUAUGAUGAUGCAAACUGGAGAGGUGUAUUCCUCUCCAGCAUCUGCAAGGGGGUAUUAUAGCAGUGAUUCAGAGAGGAGUGGGCAUAAUCACCAAGCGACUAAACAAUCAUCUUCCAAACAGAAUGGUAGUAGAUCAUCAUCAUCAGGCCUCUAUCAACAGCAGCAGCAGAGUGAGGAUCAACAAAGUAGUGUAUGGUCCCAGACUAGUCGUGAAGAUAUUGCUAUGGAUGAUUAUGCUAGUAGUAGCAGUGAUCUAUCUAAUGAUAUGUAUUAGAGAAAAAAGUAAAAUAAUAUAACAUUAUAGUAUUAUUAACCACCAUAAGUAUUAUCUAUGGUUAUUAUUAUGAAUAGGAUGAUGAUAAGGAUAUCAUUAGGAAGACACUGGAUAAUACUCAUACGGUGGUAAUAUCCGUAAUCACUACA